AUGGAAACUCUUGCUCACCUCUCGGAACGAACAAAACACCCUAACGACCUGCUGUCUCUCAGAUUAUUGAAAUACCUGUCUUUUCUUUGGCGUGGACCUGAUCCAAAUAGUAUAUUGACCUGUCGUCCCCCAAACUAUCCAGUCGUCACUCUUGGUAUUGGCUGGAAUUUGACAUGUCGAAGUAACCAACUCCAAUAUUGGAGACAAGCAUAUCCUUUCCGCUGCCUUGGCUUAUGCCAUGUUCCAAAUUGUCCGGCUUGUCGGACAUUGCCUAUAUGCGAAGUACCAAGCCCUGCACAUGAACUGCGAUUACCUGUAGUCGAUUUAGCAGUGAAUCCUUAUGAGCCAGAUACUUUACAGACUACCGAAAAUAGCACAGAAGAAAGCGAUUCUAUAAACCAGGCACGUUCCACACGUUCCGCACGCUCGAAAGCAUCCCAAUACAGUCAUGGUCCUAUCUCCAUUUUCCAUUCUUUGGUCCGUUUAUCUAUUGCAAUCACAAGCACAUGUCCGUGGCUUGUCUUUAGACUAUUAGAUAUCUUACUUUCAAUGAUAUUUAAUUCCACUGAAGAUCAUUAUGGCAAUAAUAAAUGA